AUGGGACGCAAGCUACCGCCACCACCUCCACCGCCACAGAAAGGGCCAGGGACACUGGCAAAUGGGAAUGGAUCCACGAAAAGAAAACACGUAUCUUCUCCCGUGUCGACACCUUUACCACCACCACCACCACCUCCACCACCACUGGCCAAAGAGAAAGCGUCGCCAAAAUCAGAAAGGUCUUCUAAAAAGGCUGUUCCACCACCACCACCACCACCAUCAUCAACUGCAAAUAAACAAAUAUCGAAGCAGCAGCUACCACCACCAUCGCCACUACCACCGCCACCUCCACCUCCACCAAGUAGUACGAAAUCUCCUAAAGUAACCAUUCCAACAUCUAUUCUCAAUUCCACGGAAGAUGAAUCUAAUGGGAAGCGAACCUGGAGCCAGGUUCAAGGAUCAAGACACAAACCAUCAAGAAAACCAGUGAUAGGAGCUGGUGUGGCGGGUCCAAAACCUGAAAUGCCACCGCAACAUUUAAGGAAAAUCAUGAUUGAUCAUGCUGAUUUGAGUCUGCGAAAUGUGAAUGCCGACAAACGAUCACACUUGGGGGCAUUGAAAUAUCUACCACAUGCAUUACUAAAGUUGUUGGAAAACAUGCCCCAACCAUGGGAACAAACAAAAGAAGUUAAGGUGUUGUAUCAUCGAACAGGUGCAAUUACAUUUGUCAAUGAAAUUCCUCGAGUAAUCGAGCCCGUCUACAUUGCUCAAUGGGCAGCUACAUGGAACAUGAUGCGGAGAGAAAAGCGAGAUAGAAAACAUUUCAAGCGAAUGAGGUUCCCACCUUUGGAUGACGAGGAACAGUUUUUGGAUUGGACACAAAAUUUUGAAGAUGUGGAACCGCCAGCAGCUAUCAAGUCAGGCGAAAUUGAACAGAUGGACGAUUUACAGGAUUGGUUUUAUGAUGAAAAGCCUUUAGUGGAUGACUCUGAUGUGGUGAAUGGGGAUUCGUAUCGCUCUUGGAACCUUGAUGCCGCUACGAUGGACAAAUUGUACAAUAUAUCGAAACCCUUGUUGACCCAUACUGACCAUUCAUUUGAUAAAAAAGAGCUCUUUACAGCGAAGAGCUUAAAUGUGGCCGUACCUGGUGGUCCCAAGUUUGAACCAUUGUUCAAGGAGAGUGCCGUCAAUCCGGAAUAUGAAGAUUUCACAGAAUUUAAUUCACUAGAUAGGAUCAUUAUCAGGAAUCCAAUACAAACAGAAUACAAGGUUGACUUCCCCUACUUAUACAACUCGUUUGUCAAGCAAAUAGCACUCGCGCCUAUUCACUCAGAUAUGAAUUGUCGUGAGGGAUCAGUCGAAAAUAGUGAUGGACUUUCAGCGUUUACAUUCAAUACAAGCUAUAAUCCAGUGAUGAAAAGAAAGCUGGCUACUGAGAGGAAACAGACGACUGUGGACAAUUUCCCCGUCGAUGUAAGACCUUUUUUCACUGCUUCACAAGAAUGCAACCUGAUUCCUCCAUCCGUCUACGAACCUCCUAGCCUUAAGUCAUCGCUUGAUUUAUUAUCUGCACCAUACCCAUUCAACAUACGUAGUGGUAGAACCAAGAGAGCAGAAGAUGUCGCUAUAACAAAAUCAUGGUACAAAAAUCGUGCUCCAAGAGGCAGUCCACUCAAGGUGAGGGUUUCGUAUCAAAAAUUAUUGAAAAAUUAUGUCCUGAAUGAGCUUAAAAGCAAAAAGACCAGAAAGGCAAGGGCCACCAAAAAAGUGAAUUUAUUAAAGAGCUUGCGAAACACAAAGUAUUUCCAAGAAACACGCAUUGAUUGGGUGGAGGCGGGGCUACAAGUUUGUCGACAAGGGUUCAAUAUGCUUAACUUGUUGAUACACAAGCGUGGAUUAACCUACUUGCAUCUAGACUACAAUUUCAAUUUGAAACCAACUAAAACGUUAACCACCAAAGAGAGGAAGAAGUCGAGAUUUGGUAAUGCGUUCCAUUUGAUUCGGGAAUUACUAAGAGCCAUCAAGAUAAUAGUGGACUGCCAUAUACAGUUUCGAUUGGGAAACGUUGAUGCGUAUCAAUUGGCUGAUGGCAUCUACUACGUUUUGAACCACUUGGGUCAUUUGACGGGUAUUUAUCGGUACAAGUAUAAAGUGAUGCACCAAAUUCGUCAAUGUAAGGAUUACAAGCACAUUGUUUACCAAAGAUUCAACAAACUCAUAGGAAAAGGUCCCGGAUGUGGGUUUUGGCAACCGGCAUGGAAAGUUUGGAUAUUUUUCUUGAGAGGGACAAUACCCUUGUUGGAGAGGUGGCUCGGUAACUUGAUAGCAAGACAAUUUGAAGGCCGAAGACAGAAUGACGUUGCGAAAACAAUUACCAAGCAAAGAGUAGAUUCAUACUAUGAUUUGGAAUUGAGAGCACAAGUGAUGCAUGAUAUAUUGGACAUGAUCCCGGAAGGAUUGAAGCAAAGCAAAUCGAAAACUAUACUCCAGCACUUGAGUGAAGCUUGGCGUUGUUGGAAAGCUAACAUACCAUGGAAAGUGCCAGGAUUGCCUGAGCCCAUUGAGAAGAUCAUUGAAAGAUACGUCAAGGCUAAAGCUGAUGGCUGGAUCUCAGUUGCGCAUUACAAUCGCGAACGUAUUAGAAAGGGGACCCACGUUGAAAAGACUGUCGCCAAAAAGAAUUUGGGUCGGUUGACUAGGUUGUGGAUUAAGAAUGAGCUGGAAAGACAAGCCGAUUUCGGGAAGAAUGGACCCUUUGUUUCUCCAGAUGAGGCAAUACAUGUUUUUCAAACCACAGUCAGCUGGUUGGAGAGUAGGAAGUUCAGCCCCAUACCAUUCCCUCCCAUAUCGUACAAACACGACACUAAAUUGUUGACAUUGGCUUUGGAAAAUUUGAAAGCAAACUUCAAUGCCAAUGCCAAGAUGAAUUCUGCACAAAGAGAGGAAUUAGCUUUGAUUGAAGAAGCUUAUGACAAUCCACAUGAAUGCUUGGCACGAGUGAAGAAGCAUUUACUCACACAGAGGAUCUUUAAAGAGGUUGGUUUGGACAUGAUGGACUUUUAUAGUCAUUUGGCUCCUUCAUACGCAGUUGACCCAAUCGAGAAAAUCACCGAUGCAUAUUUGGAUCAAUACUUGUGGUAUGAAGCGGAUAAGCGGAAAUUGUUCCCCAACUGGGUCAAACCUGCGGACGACGAGAUUCCUCCUCUAAUGGUUUACAAAUGGUGUCAAGGGGUGAAUAACCUACAAAACGUUUGGAAUACAUCACAGGGCGAAUCAAAUGUAAUGUUGGAGACGAAAUUGUCAAAGUUUGCCGACAAGAUUGACUUUACAUUGGUCAAUAGACUCUUGAGAUUGGUUAUGGAUACUAAUCUUGCUGACUACAUUACGGCCAAGAAUAAUGUCAAUCUCACAUACAAGGAUAUGAACUAUGUGAAUCAAUAUGGAAUUGUUCGUGGUCUUCAAUUUUCAUCGUUUGUUUACCAGUACUAUGGGUUGAUUGUUGAUUUGCUCAUUCUUGGUUUGGAUAGAGCAACAGAACUAGCAGGUCCGCCACAUAAUCCCAACAAUUUCCUCCAGUUUAAAGAUGUUGCGACCCAAUGUGCCUCCCCCAUUAGGCUCUAUUCUCGUUAUAUGGACAAGAUUCAUAUUUUUUUCCGUUUUGAAAGCGACGAGGCUGAUGAGUUGAUUGAUGAUUUUUUGGAACAAAACCCCGACCCGAAUCAUUCCAAUGUCGCGGGAUACAACAACCAUCGUUGCUGGCCCAAAGACGCUAGAAUGAGGUUGAUAAGACAUGACGUGAAUCUUGGAAAAGCUGUGUUUUGGGAAAUUAAAUCACGCAUCCCGAAAUCGCUAACAACUAUUGAAUGGGAGGACACAUUUUCUUCAGUAUAUUCUCGUGACAACCCCAACUUAUUGUUUGAAAUGUGCGGGUUUGAAGUUCGGAUAUUACCCAAAAUUCGCGCCAAAGAAACUUCGUCUUCGCAAGAGAAUGUGUGGGAUUUGGUGGAUCACUCGUCCAAGGAACGAACAGCAAGGGCCUACUUGCAAGUAUCCCAAGCGGCUAUUGACAACUUCCAUAAUAGGAUCAGACAGAUUUUAAUGUCGUCAGGCUCAACAACAUUUACAAAAGUUGCCGCCAAGUGGAACACGGCAUUGAUUGCGCUAGUGACGUAUUUUAGGGAGGCUGCUAUUGCUACUCCAUCGCUAUUGGAGGUGUUGAUAAAGUGCGAAACAAAGAUACAGAACCGAGUCAAGAUGGGCUUAAAUUCGAAAAUGCCCACUCGGUUCCCACCAGCUGUCUUUUACACUCCAAAGGAAUUAGGUGGAUUGGGGAUGCUAAGUGCUUCUCACGUCCUUAUACCAGAGUCAGAUUUGAGGUGGUCCAAGCAAACUGAUACCGGAAUCACUCAUUUCAAGGCUGGAAUGUCGCAUCAAGAGGAAAAAAUGAUACCGACAAUCUUUAGAUAUGUUACAACAUGGGAAAAUGAAUUCUUGGACUCCCAAAGAGUUUGGGCAGAAUAUGCAAUUAAACGAGAAGAGGCUCUUCAGCAGAACCGACGCUUGACAUUUGAGGAUAUGGAAGGCAACUGGGACAGGGGAAUUCCUAGAAUAAGUACCCUAUUUCAAAAAGAUCGACACACUUUGGCAUAUGACAAGGGACAUCGAGUUCGUAGAGAGUUCAAACAUUUCAGCACUGGUCGAUUCAACCCUUUUGCAUGGACAAAUAAUCAUCACGAUGGGAAGUUGUGGAACCUCAAUGCUUACAGAACUGAUGUGAUUCAAGCUUUGGGUGGUAUAGAAACCAUUUUAGAGCACACAUUGUUCAAGGGUACUGGGUUUGAUUCAUGGGAGGGGUUGUUCUGGGAGAAGGCAUCCGGGUUUGAAGAUUCGUUGAAAUUUAAAAAGUUGACCAACGCGCAAAGAUCUGGGUUGAGUCAAAUUCCAAAUCGUCGUUUCACCUUAUGGUGGUCUCCUACAAUCAAUAGAGCCAAUGUUUAUGUUGGGUUCUUGGUUCAGUUGGAUUUGACUGGUAUUUUCCUUCACGGUAAAAUCCCCACCUUGAAGAUUUCGUUGAUCCAAAUUUUCCGUGCCCAUCUUUGGCAAAAGAUACACGAGAGCGUUGUCCAGGACUUGUGUCAGGUUCUAGAUAAAGAAUUGGAAGUUUUGCAAAUUGACAAUGUGGAGAAACAAGCAAUUCAUCCACGUAAAUCGUACAGAAUGAAUUCUUCAACGGCUGAUAUUGUUCUUACAAGCACUUAUAGAUGGAACGUGUCCAAGCCAUCACUUCUUAAUGAUAAGAAUGACGAGAUGGUGUUACCUGCAAAGAAGUUUUGGAUUGAUGUGCAGCUUCGUUAUGGUGACUACGACUCUCAUGACAUUUCGAGAUACGCUAGAUCAAAGUACCUUGACUACACCACAGAUGGUACAAGCUCAUACCCCUCACCCACUGGUAUAAUUAUUGCUAUAGAUUUGGCGUACAACAUGUACGACGUAUAUGGCAAUUGGUUCCCAGGAUUGAAACCAUUGGUUCAUAAUGCCAUGAGAGAGAUCAUGAAAGCUAACCCCGCUUUAUACGUUUUGAGAGAGAGGAUCAGAAAAGGGUUACAGUUGUAUCAUGCACAGCCACAGGAGGCAUUUUUGAAUUCAAACAACUACGCCGAAUUGUUUAACAACGAGACUCAAUUAUUUAUCGACGAUACCAACGUGUACAGAGUUACAGUCCACAAGACGUUUGAAGGAAAUCUUGCAACAAAGCCAAUCAACGGAUGUGUCUUUAUUUUGAACCCAAAGACAGGUCAAUUGUAUUUGAGGAUAAUCCACACUUCUGUUUGGGCGGGCCAAAAACGGUUGAGUCAACUUGCAAAAUGGAAAGCGGCCGAAGAAGUGACAGCGUUGGUAAAGUCACUUCCAAGAGAAGAGCAGCCUAAGCAACUUAUCAUUUCAAGAAAGGGUAUGAUGGAUCCACUUGAAGUGCAUAUGUUGGAUUUUCCAAACAUUUCGAUCCGUCCUUCCGAAUUGCACUUGCCAUUUGCCUCAGCGAUGAAAAUCGACAAAUUGUCGGACAUUGUUUUGAAAGCAAACGAGCCGCAAAUGGCGCUUUUCAACUUUUAUGAUGAUUGGCUUACGAGAAUCUCUCCAUACACUGCAUUUUCAAGGGUUAUUUUGAUAUUGAGGGCUUUGGGGUUUGAUUCAGACGCCACCAAGCAAAUAAUUUGGUCAAACAGCGAUGUCAUCACAGAAAGUCAUCACAUUUGGCCGUCUUUAACGGACGAACAAUGGAUCGAAGUUGAGAGUAGGUUGAGAGAUUUAAUUCUUGAGGAGCAUUCCAAAAAGUACAAUUUGGAUGUGCAGUCAUUGACCCAGUCUGAAAUCAGAGACUUGAUUUUGGGUCAGGAUGUGAGACAAGCUACUAUUAGACGUCAGGAGAUCGCUGAAAUUGAAAAGAGCGGCGGACAAGUUGAGAAUAAAGAAAUAACAGCACAAAAAUCUGUCUCGACAAACAUUCACGGUGAAGAAAUUGUUACUGUCACGACAACCAAUUACGAACAAGCGACAUUUUCGUCACGUAAUGAAUGGAGGAACCGUGCAUUGGCAGCAAACAAUUUGCAUUUACGAGCAAAGAAUAUCUAUGUCACUUCAGAAGAAUUUGUUGAUGACGACUCAUUCACUUACGUUAUGCCGAAAAACAUUUUACAAAAAUUCAUUCAAGUAUCAGAUUUGAGAAUUCAAGUGGGUGCUUAUUUGUAUGGUAAGUCUCCCUCGGGACACGAUGAAGUGAAGGAAAUCAAGUGUUUGGUGUUUGUACCUCAAUUAGGAAGCACCAAUUCCAUUCAAUUUCCCAGAACGCAGCCCGAGUUAGAUGGAUAUUUGAAAGAUGAGAGUUUGGAGUUAUUAGGUUGGAUCCACAGUCAAUCACAGAAUUUUGAUUAUAUGACCUCCAAUGAUGUUACAACACAGAGUAGAAUGAUGGAGGUUUACAAUCCUAGGUUUAUUGACAUGACAGCCUCGUAUACGCCAGGGUCAGUUACGCUCUCUGCAUUUGAACUAUCUGAGAAAGGAUACCAGUGGGGUAAAUCCAACCAAGACAUGAUGUCCGAUUCACCCGAAGGAUUUGAAAAAUCGUUCUCCAAAAAGAGUCAGUUGAUCAUGACCGAUAAGGUUAUUGGAACUUACAUGGUUCCUGAAGAUGAGAUUUGGAAUUACUUUUUCAUGGGUGCAAUUUUCAAUGCAAAUGAUUUGUACAAUUUGAAAGUCGACAUUCCGUUGUCGUUCUACGAUGCCGUUCACCGACCAAUACAUUUCACCAAUUUUGCUCAGUUGGAGAUUGGAAAUGAAGAGGAGGCAAAUCAAGAGGAUGUGUUUAGUUAG